UGGUCUGCACAGAAGUAGCUUAAUUUUUAACCUAGCAAGCUCCCUAGUAUAUUCUGGGAAGAAAUCACUGAAGGCAUCCAUUUUACUUCCCUCAUGGUCCCAGCCAGACAUCACCACGCAUGUGCUCUCUCAGCAUAGCAUCCGAUGGGGACAUUUCAUGCAGCCCAGAUCCACGCGAGACCCUGGCCAGAGAUCACUGCACGAGACAGAACCAGUAACAGAAACCACCCUAAAGUCACCGGACCCUAAAGGAAUCCGACCCAUAGGGGAGAGAGCUUCAAGUGACCAACUUUUCAGUGUGUGCAAAACUUCAACGUUUCAAAAGAUGGCAGCUCUCUCUCUCCCACCACACAACUCGCACAUGGGUCUAGACAUGCCAGGAAGUGCUCCUCGUUUUCUGUGUUUCCCACGUUCGGUAACAGCCCGUGUUGGCACACACGCUGUUCUGAGAUGUCAUAUAAGUGGGGAUCCACCACCCAGUGUCCUGUGGGAACGCGUUGGAAAUAUUCGGCUUGAGCUAGGAGAAAGGUGCUACACUCAGAAGGAUGGAGACUGGUAUCAGCUGGUGAUCAGUGACCUACGGUUGGAAGAUUCAGGCCAUUACAUGUGUAGAGCCAGUAACUGGUCAGGGGAGGGCUAUGCAGGUGCAAAACUCACUGUCACACUCAACAAUGUUGUAGUCAAUGAACCACAUAUUGGUUUAGCAAAUGAAAUGCCGCAGUCCACUAAAUUGGCCACAACAAUGGCUUUGGUUUCUUCCAAUAUCGAGCCUUCUGCUGAACUAAAUCAACAAACAAUGGGCAUUGUUCAGGAACUUACCCCCUGCACUGACCACUCUGCAAGUCUCAACUUUCCACCACAUUUUUUACUCGUUCCAAGUUCCCAGCGUUUGACCUGUGGUCAAAGUGGGGAAUUCUCUUGCAGAAUUUCAGGAAAACCAGAACCCACAAUUCGUUGGGAGAAAGAUGGAAGGAGCCUGGAAGAGAUAUUUGAUGGAUCUCACUACCGUCUGUCUCCUGGGGGUCACAGCUUAUAUAUUUCCCAUGUCCGCCCCCCAGAUGCUGGUGUAUAUGUGUGUCGGGCCAGUAAUUCUGUUGGGCAAACGUUGGCUGCAGCAGUGCUGCUAGUGGACCCAGUACCACGCCAAGGACCAGAACCAAUGCCAGGAGACCCUCCAGCACAGGUGAAAGUGUUCACAGUUAAUGAGGGAAAACAUGCCAAACUACGCUGUCUGGUUACUGGCAAACCAAGACCAGAGAUUGUCUGGCGCAAAGAUGGUCGUGCAGUUAGCCCUGGUCGCCGAACUCUCAUUUAUGAGGACCGGGAUGGGCACUUUAUACUUAAGGUGUUGUUCUGUCGGCAGCAGGACAGAGGCUUGUAUGUCUGUGGUGCCUCCAACACAGCUGGAAACACACUGAGCGCUGUCAUGUUACAUGUAAGAGAGGUAGGUGAUCGUUUUCCUGCUCCACUGAGAGACAUUGCAGUGAGGGAGGGGCAGGAUGCCAUGUUAGAGUGCUCAGUCCCAGACGGAACCCACACUACUUGGUACCUGGAGGAUCAGAGGCUUCACCCAGGAAAGCGUCACCAUAUGGAAGAACAUGGUCCCAUCAGACGACUGAUAAUCCGAGGAGCUCGAACUGAUGAUGAUGGAGUGUAUGUGUGCCAGACUAAUAAAGGGGCUCAAAGCAUUGCAGAGGUGGCUGUUAGAGGACCUAUUGUGAAGAAGUUGUCCCGUCGUUUAGAAGUAGCUGAGGGCGGAAACGCGGCAUUUUGUGCAGAGACUGAGAGUGACAUCGAGCAGGUCGGCUGGACCCAUGAUGGUCACAUUCUUUCUGAGGAUCAUAAGACGGUUGUGAAGAGUUUUGGAAGGACCCAUGUCUUGGUGCUGGUCGGGGUCACACAAAAGGAUUCUGGUACCAUCCAGUUCCAUGCAGGACUGUCCGAAUCCUCCUGCCAACUCCGAGUGAAGGCUCGUGGUUCAAGCAUAGCUCCGGCCUCCGGAGAGCCAGCCAGCAGGACGCUGGAUGCUGGACAGCCUAUUUGUCUCAGUUGUCAAGUACCUAGCUCAGGUGCUAAGGUCCACUGGAUGAAAGAUGGGCAGGAAGUCGAGCCAGGAGGACGUAUAUCCCUCCAAUCAGAUGGCAGAAUGAGGAGGCUCCUUAUCUCAUCCUCAGACCCAUCCGAUACAGGGACCUAUACCUGUCACUCAGCCAACGACAGCUCAACCUUCUCAGUUACAGUGACAGAGCCUCCGGUGAAGAUUAUAAACACGAGUGAUGGCACAGAACACAAGUGUGUGAGCGGUGAGCCUGUGGUUCUGAGCUGCGAGCUCUCCAGGGAGAACGCCCUGGUGCGCUGGUACCGGGAUGGAGUGGAGGUGGAGGAGAGCGAAGGCAUCAGACUGGAGUCAGAUGGGAGACGUCGCAGGUUGAUCAUUACAUCUGCAAGGCCAGAAGACUCUGGGGAGUAUGUCUGUAAUGCCGGAGAUGACUCGGUCUUCUACAGUGUGACCAUUACAGAGCCCCCGGUGAAGAUCAUUAACACGAGCGAUGACUCAGAACACAAGUGCGUGAGCGGUGAGCCCCUGGUUCUAUGCUGCGAGCUCUCCAGGGAGAAUGCCCAGGUACGCUGGUACCGGGAUGGAGCGGAGGUGGAGGAGAGCGAGGGCAUCAGGCUAGAGUCAGACGGGAGGCGUCGCAGGUUGGUCAUUACAUGUGCUAAGCCAGAGGACACUGGGGAGUAUGUCUGCGACGCUGGAGAUGACUCGGUCUUCUACAAUGUGAUGGUGACAGAACCCCCUGUCAAAAUAGUGAACACUAGUGAUGAUGCAGAACACAAGUCUGUAAGUGGGGAGCCUGUGGUGCUGAACUGUGAGCUCUCUAGAGAAAAUGCCCCAGUGCGCUGGUACAAAGAUGGGAUGGAGAUAGCAGAGAGUGACAACAUCAAACUAGAGUCAGACGGGAGACAUCAUAGGUUAAUUAUAUUCAGCGCAAAACCAGAAGAUUCCGGGGAGUUUGUGUGUGAUGCUGGACACGACUCGGUAUUUUAUCAUGUAACUGUGACAGAGCCCCUGGUGAAAAUCGUGAACACCAAUGAUGACACAGAACACAAGUGUGUAAGCGGGGAGCGUGUGGUGCUCAGCUGUGAAGUGUCCAGGGAGAACGCCUCAGUUUGCUGGUACAAGGAUGGUGAGGCGCUGGAGGAGAGGGAGAAUAUAAUAAUUGAGGCAGACAAUUGUCACCGUACACUGAUUAUCCUGUCCGCCCAGACAAAGGAUUCAGGAGAGUUUGUCUGCAAUGCUGGAGAUGAUUCUGUUUUCUACAAUGUAUCAGUGAAAGAGCCCCCGGUUAAGAUUAUAAAGGCAAGUGAUGAAGUGGAACACGGGUUUCUGAGUGGGGAGCACCUAGAGCUCAGUUGUGAGGUAUCCAGAGAGAAUGCAAAUGUCCGUUGGUACAAGGAUGGCGAAGAGUUACAAGAAAGUGAGAAUAUCAUACUGGAAGCAGAUGGUUGUUACCGCCGGUUGGUAAUCCAGUCAGUGCAGGCAGCGGACUCCGGUGAAUUUGUUUGUGAUGCUAUCGAUGACUCUGUCUUCUACAAUGUGUUGGUGAAAGAGCCCCCGGUGAAGUUUAUAAACACGAGUGAUGACAUGGAACACAAGUAUGUGAGCGAUGAGCCUGUGGUUCUGAGCUGCGAGCUCUCCAGGGAGAGCGGCCUGGUACGUUGGUACAAGGAUGGAGUGGAGGUGGAGGAGAGUGAAUACAUCAAAUUGGAGUCAGAUGGGAAACAUCGCAGGUUGAUUAUUACGUGUGCCAAGCCAGAGGACACUGGGGAGUAUGUCUGCGAUACUGGAGAUGACUCUGUAUUUUACAAUGUAACGGUGACAGAGCCACCUGUGAAGAUCAUGAACCCAGAUGAUGACACAGAUGAGAGGUGUUUUACUGGGAAAGAGCUGAUCCUGAGCUGUGAGGUGUCUCGGGAGAACGCCCAGGUUCGCUGGUACAAAGAUGGGGAGAGAGUGGAAGAGAAUGAGAGAAUCAGGAUGGAGUCUGAUGGAAGACAUCGGAGACUAGUUAUUCUUUCCACACAGACAGACGACUCUGGAGAGUUUGUAUGUGAUGCCGGAGACGAUUCUAUAUUUUACAACGUGACGGUGACAGACCCUCCUGUGAAGAUAGUGAACACAAGUGAUGAUGUAGAGCACAAGUGUCUGAGUGGAGAACGGGUGGUGCUGAGCUGUGAAGUUUCGAGGGAGAAUGCCCAAGUGUGCUGGUUCAAAGAUGGUGUGGAGGUGGAAGAGAACAAGGAUGUCAUUUUGGAAUUGGAUGGAAAACAUCGCAGGUUAAUAAUCCCAAAUGCGCAAGUGCAGGAUUCUGGCGAAUUCUCCUGUGAUGCCAGAGAUGACUGUGUCUUCUUUAAUGUUGUUGUAACAGAACCCCCAGUAAAAAUCGUGAACACCAACGAUGACACAGAGAUGACGUAUCUGACUGGGGAAGAAGUAGAACUGAGCUGUGAAGUGUCCCGGGAGAAUGCCCAGGUGCGCUGGUACAAGGAUGGAGAUGAGGUGGAGGACAUUGAGAACAUCAGAUUGGAAUCAGUUGGAAGACAUCGUAGGCUUAUUAUUCCCUCUGCGCAGAUUCAGGACUCAGGAGAGUUUGUCUGUGAUGCUAAAGACGAUUCUGUCUUUUACUAUGUCAAAGUUAUAGAGCCACCAGUAAAAUUUGUUAAAACCAUUGAAGACACAGAGCUGGAAUGUGUGAGCGGGGAACCUGUGGAGCUCAGUUGUGAGGUUUCCAGGGAUAAUGCCCACGUGCGGUGGUACCGGGAUGGCGUGGAGGUAGAGCAGAGUGAAAACAUCAGACUGGAGUCAGAUGGGCGAUACCGCAGGCUGGUUAUCCAGACUGCACAGCCGCAAGAUUCAGGAGAGUUCGUCUGCGAUGCCGGAGAUGAUGCUGUGUUUUAUAGUGUGCUGGUGACAGAUCCUCCUACAAAGAUUAUUUUCCCGGAGGCUCGCUCGCAGGAUCUGGAGUAUAUCAUAGAGGAGAGGGUGGAGCUGGUGAUUGAAGUGUCAAAUAGCAGUGGCGUUGUCCGCUGGUUUAAAGAUGGGCUAGAAGUGGAUGAAGAUGAGAAUCUGCAGGUGAUCUCAGAUGGGCCCCGUCGCUGCUUGAUCUUGCCAAGGGCCAGUGUUGAAGACUCUGGGGAAUAUAUCUGUGACACAGAUAGUGACUCUGUCACAUUUGAUGUGAAGAUAUCAGAACCUCCUGCUAAGAUCAUGAAUUGCUCUCCAUCUGCGCUACAUGUGACUGAGGGUGACCCCUUGUCUAUAGAGUGCAAGCUCUCCCGUGUGCCAGAUGUUAUUCACUGGCUAAAGGAUGGAAGUGAAGUGACACCGGAUGGAAAUCUGAUCGUGGACAAUGAGGGAGAAAAGUACACGCUGAGCUUGCUAUGCGCACAGCCAGAGAAUGCUGGACUCUAUGAGUGUAAUGUUGGAACGGACUCCCGGACUUUCCAAGUCCAAGUGGAUGAGGCUGUAGUGGUGAUCUUAGAGCGUGACCAGGUCAUGCCACGGAGGGUGUGCACUGUGUCUGAGGACCUCAGGCUGGCACUUUCCCUGUCCCGAGCUGAUGCUGAAGUCAGAUGGUACAAGGACGGCGAGCGACUGAAAGACAAUCUGCACAUACUAGUGGAGGAGAGGGGAGCGGAGUGCUCGCUGACCAUCCUUGGAGCAGCACGUGAUGACGCAGGGGAAUAUCUGUGUGAUGUCCGCAACGACAGCUUCAGCUUUUAUGUCACUGUGGGAGCUCCUCCAGUAACCAUUGUGGGUAACACAGGAACUCCAGAGCAUCAUGUUCUAAUGACCGGUGAUGAUUUGGUUCUAGCCUGUGAGUUGUCCCGGCCAAACUUUAAGGUGCGCUGGCUGAAAGAUGGUGAGGAGCUGGUGUCAGGGGGACGUGUGAAAAUCUUGGCACGAGGAAUCCAUCGGCAACUCACCAUACAAAGUGUUCGGCCUUCUGACUCCGGCACAUAUACCUGUGAUGCUGGCACAGACCAGUUGAAUGCAGAGGUCCGUGUAGAAGUCCCCCGACAGGUGGAGUUCAUUACAGAGCUGCAGAACAUCACUGUGAUUGAAGGGGACAUCGCUACUUUUAAAUGUGUUGUGACUCCUGAGGAUGUGAUUCUCAACUGGGAAUUAAAUGGGUCACCCGUGAAUUCAGACCGGAGGGCCAACAUGGCAAGCAAUGGACUGUGCCAAUCUCUCACCAUGCAUGCCUGUCGCCUCUCUGACUCUGGCACCAUUACCGCCAACGCUGAGGGUGUAAUUUCCCGGGCAAGACUAAGAGUGCAAGAGGCACACGUGAUGUUUACUCAGGGUUUGGAGGACACUGAGGUAGAAGAAGAACAGGAUGUCACUUUCCAAGUGCAGGUCACCACAGAGAGAGCGGAAGUUCACUGGGUGAAACAAGGAGUUGUUAUCCAGCCCAACAGCAGAUUCACUCUCCAGCACUGUGGUCAGACCCAUACACUAACCAUCCACUGUGUCCAAGCUUCUGACCGGGGCCGCUACAGCUGUGAGAGCCUUCAUGACCAAACCAAUUGUCGUCUCAAUGUCCUACCUAAAAGUAUAUCAGUGAGGAAGGGUCUGGAAGAUGUGACUUGUGAGGAAGGAAGCAAUGUAGAGUUUUCAGUAGAAUUGUCCCAUGAAGGUUUAAUCGGGGAAUGGUGGAAGGGAGGUGUACGUCUUACCGCCGAAGACAAUUGCAUGAUCAGGUCAAGUGGGCGCCAGCAUUUUCUCCGGCUUUCAGAUCUCAGAAUGCCUGAUACUGCGGUAAUAGCAUUUACCACCGACACUCUGCGGUCCACGGCACAUCUAACCGUCACUGAGCACCCACUUACCAUCACACAACCACCACAGGACUUUGUUGUCAAUGAAGCUGGGCUAGCAACAUUCCAGUGUGAAGUCUCCAAACAAGAAGCUGUUGUUACCUGGAGCAAGGACGGGGAGCAGCUAGCCCUCAGCUCAACGUGCCGCAUGUUCUCUGUAGGACGACGGAGAAUCCUGCACCUCAAUCAGUGUGGUCCACAGGAUGCUGGGACGUACACCUGCCACGCAGGUGACCUCACUGCCUCUGCCAUGUUACGUGUCCUUGAGCAAGAGCCACAGGUGCUGAAAGACCUGCAGGACGUUCAGAUAGUGGAGAAUGAUAAUGCUGCAUUCAUCUGUGAAGUAUCCUGUGCCCAGGCCAAGGGGGAAUGGUUUAAGAAUGGAGAGAAAAUUAAAGUAACAUCUACUACAAAGAUCCGACAGGAAGGAAGGCGGCAUUUCCUGCUAAUCUGUGGGGCACAGUGUGAAGAUUCUGGAGAAAUUCUCUUUCAAGCCAGAAGAGCAGAGUCAAAAGCUAAGCUCCAAGUCACAGAGCUCCCUGUCCGGAUAGUAAAGUCUCUGAGAAACAAGACGGCUAUGCAAGGCCAUCGCGUGAUUUUUGAGUGCAAGGUCAGCCCGGCUCGAGCUAGAGUCUCUUGGCUGCGAGGAGCGCAUGUGAUUCUGCCAUCCGACAAAUAUCAGAUAACCAGCGAGGAUGCAUUCCGUACACUUUUCAUCAAUGAUCUGAGCCCCGAAGAUGAGGAUGUCUAUACCAUGAAGACUUCAGAAGGGCAGAGCUCAGCCCGGUUACUUGUAGAGGGUUUAGCCAUACAGAUGUUUCAGAGUCUGAGAGAUGUAAAAGUUUUAGCCCCCAAUGAUGCUUGUUUCGAGUGUGAGGUAUCCAUUCCUCUGUCCCGGCCUCCACAGUGGAGUUUAAAUGGGAUUAUGCUGCACAAUGGAACAGACAUAGCCAUCGAGAUCCGAGGGAACCGACACAGGCUCAUCCUGAGGAACACACAUAUCGGAAUGUCCGGAACAGUGAGAUUCACAGCUGGCAAAACACGUUCAGAAGCCCAACUUAUCGUGCAAGAACCAUAGUAAGAUGCUUGGCAUUGGCCAGGGUCUACAUCAGCCAGCAUGGACUUCUGUACUCUACUUCCGACUCUGCCUUCUUUUCUCUGCGUUUCCAGACUAGGUAGAGCUGGGCUCGUACCAGUGACUUGCAAGUGCUCAGUUUAAGCAAAGCUUUUUUUAUAAAACAUUAGGAAUGGGUUAUAAACCCCUGCAAUCUCUGCACUCUUUUAUUUAUUAUUGUAGUUCUAAUUCUGUUCACCCCUCUCAGCAAAAAUAACACAGUAAUGGAAUGGUUCAUCCAGACAAAAUCCCAAGCGAAGAGUGCGGAAGACGGUGACAAGAUGGCGAUAUUGGGAUGUGAAUUAGAUGAGUGACAUAAGGCUGACGAUAAUAGUUAAGUUAAAAAGAAGCUACGUAACAGCUAAAAACGCUUUUUAUAUGAAACAUUCUUUACAUCUAGCACACCUAACAAAAUCAUGUAUCAGUUUCUAGAUAUCAGUGUAUUACUAUCGCUGACUAGGAGAAGAUUGCUGAAAUAUUUUAAAAAUGAGACGUUACGUUGAGGAAGGUAAAUAAGAAAUGUUGUGGAGAAUGUGCAGGCUAUAAGAGAGACACAAGUGUGGACAGACGUGAGUUCCUGACAACUGUCUACUGUAUGUUUGAGGAUAGGUAGAGUGAUUCUGUAAGUGGAAGAAUGCUGCUAAGGUCUAUGUCCUUCCAGAGAAGAUAUGUUGGCCGCCUUCCGCAUUUCACUCCAGCUGUGUACGCUCCUCUUCUGCCUUUGCUAAUAAACUUCUCCCUCUGAA